AUGUGUACACGUAGAGCAGCGUGUACACAUGAUGAUGCAUGUACCCAGCACAGUAGACGAUGGGAUCAAUUUGACCCCUGCAACGAGAGCUACGGUUUUAUAUCGGCUUUAACAAUUAUGCGGAAGGGUCGAGCUAUUCUCCAACAAGCGCGUGGAUCCGCGCUUUCUGUACGCAAUAGGGUAAGGAUACAUAAGGGAGCUAUUCGUCCAUCCAGCUGCGUUUCGGUAGAUUAUUCAGCAGCAACAGUAAAGGUUCAAGAAAUCCAUUCUGUGCAUUACGAGCUAGGGUCGUAG